GAUAUUUUAAGAUAUAAACGUCUAGGCCAAGCCAGGACCAUCUUUCAUAGAAGCCCAGGGAGAAUUGGUCUGACGCCGCAGACUCUUUCAGAGCGGCCUAGUAAGACUAACGGUAGCUAGCCUAGGGCCUAGCCUUGUGUAGGCAUAGACAUAGCAGUGGCGGAUCCAGGAAUUCAAAAUAGAGGGAAUCUUGGGAGAAACUUUCACAGUAAGGUGAGAUAUCACUAAAGAUUUUACUGAGAUGAUGCGGGCUUUGGGCUACCCUCGUCUAAUCUCAAUGGAAAAUUUCCGAAUGCCUAACUUUGCGUUGGUAGCAGAAGUUCUGAUUUGGCUUGUGAAACGUUAUGACCCAAAUGCUGACAUACCCACUGACACAGAUUCAGAACAAGACAGGGUCAUAUUUGUUAAAUCUGUUGCUCAGUUUAUGGCAACCAAAGCUCAUAUCAAGUUGAAUACAAAGAAGCUGUACCAGGCUGAUGGCUAUGCUGUCAAGGAACUCCUGAAGGUCACCUCUGUACUGUACAAUGCCAUGAAGAUCAACAAGAAGGAAGAGUCUGAAGAUGUUGAUGAUGGCAUCUCUGGCAUGUUGUCCUAUGACAUCUCAUCAAAGAUAUCAGACUUAAAGACAUCAAGGCUGCUGGCAUCAGAGGUAACCGCAAAAGGGGCAGCGUUAUAUGACCUGUUGGGCCAAGAGGUCGAAUUGAGGGAAAUGCGGUCUACAGCAAUUAACAGACCUCUUGAGAUUAACGAGAUUGAGAAGGGAUUAAGGGGAUCAAUAAAAGCUGUUGAGCAACAAAUAAAAAAGACCCAGAAACAGCUUGAGAAUGUAGCAGCGGAUGAAGCAAAUUUAGAAGUAAAAAUUGAUAAAAAGAAGAGUGAACUCGAAAGGAACAACAAACGUUUAAGAACUCUACAACAAGUCAGACCUGCUUAUAUGGAUGAAUAUGAACGUCUGGAAGUUGAACUUGAAAAACAAUAUGAAAUAUUCAUUGAAAGAUUCCGCAAUAUGUCCUAUAUGGAGCACUGCUUGGAGGAGCAGCAACGAGCUGAUCAGGAUGAGUUUGAGGAUUCCGCGAACAUGCUCUCGCAGAUGCAAUCACGUGCCAAGGAAGAAGAGGAGGAGGGCAUUUCCGGUGGGGACAUAUUUGGUGGGGAAGAGAUCCCAGGAUUAGAUGAAGAUGAUGAUGAUGUUGACGAUGAAGAUGAUGAGGGAAGCUCCGUUACUGAUGACGAUGAGCCUCGGAAACCUCCCCCAAGGAGGCGUCAAGAACCUGUUCGGAAUGCAAAGGUGUUUGGUAACAUGGGAGGAGAACUAAGUGAUGAUGAUGAUGACAGUGAGUCGUCAGGAACGGAUGGCAGUAUUGAUGUCGAUGAUGACGACCUCCUUGAUGACCAAGAUGAUGAUGAUGAUGACGACAGCGAUGAGCUGGAGGUUGAAGGUCCUCGAGGAGGUCGUCGGGUCCAGAAGGAUGAGGACAGUGAUAAUGAUUUUUAGACUCUUCAAUCCAGCUUCAAACUCAGUAGAUUGUAACAUACUGUCUGGAUAACUUGAGGCUAAUGUUGGGUGUGGAUAUGGUGAUGUCAAUAUGGUGGACAGUAGUGAUUAUUUAUUUUACUUCAAUCAGUUGGUAGCUGGUCUGUUAGGCUAAGAUUAUAUCACCUUUGUUACCCACUCAAUUCAACUAGUUGCUGGUUCCAAGUCUCCUGGAAAUCACAGGGAGCUCCAGGAAAUCGGGACAGCCUCCCACACUCCCGCAAGCAAGCAAGAAUCUUUGGAAAACAACCCAUCUCCUGAAACUCUUAAUAUUUGCAUGUUUUUACUGCUUUGUUAUCAAUCGUCUCACGGAAGUCAGCGUUGAUGGGUAUGACCAUGCGCAGCUAAAUAAGAUUAGAUGUGUUUUACAAAAGCUUAUUUAAACAUCUCCCAGAAGCAGGGGCUUAGCCAGAAAAACAAUAUAGGCCGUUCAAAAUGGAAGCCAGUUGGCGUGGCACUGAGCCGAUGAAAUUUGCUAAAGGUAGACCGUGCCCAAUUAGGCUACGCCAAGUUGAUUAGGCCAAGCCGUCCAGGCCGUCGCGGGAAAAGUGGCCGUCCUAAAUAAUUGUAGGCCAUCCAAAAGACGGCCAGAGGGCUUGCUAGCUAAGCCUAUGCCCAGAGGGGAUUUCUCCAAAUUGGGAACUAGAGUAGCAAUGAUGUUGACUUCCACUCACGAUAUCGCCACUACUGUACUUUACAACUACAAGCGACAUAGUAGCUCUAGUUGCCCAGUGUGAUCAUGUCGCUUCCGACUUAAGUAUUAGGUGCAACUAGUUUCAAUGCAAGAAAAAGAACAACAUGACAUUUAUGAAUGACUCUCAGAGUAACAAGAAUGGCUUGAGUCUGAGUAAGGACUUGAGUGGGAGCACUCACCCAAACAACAAAACACUUAAUACUUUACGUACCUCAUUCUUAUGAGCUCACAUAUUUUCCCCUUGAUUUUAAUCACCUUGAAAAAUGCUUUCUUUUAACUUUUAAACAUUCCAUCCAUGUAAAUAUUGUAGUGUAUUAAAAGAUUUACAAAAAAUAGAA